AAAAAAAAAUCAAAUAUUCACAUCCGAGUCCAAGAGGACCGGCGGCCAAAAUUAUUCUUGAGAGACCACAUUUUGUUUGUCUCUUGACAUUGCCCGUCAUUGAGAACACUAGUCUCUCGGUUGCUCCCACCAAAAAUUGAGAACAGAGACCACGCUCUCAGAAAACCAAAGAGCUUUAAUGGAAAACCGGGAAGAUUUAAUUUCGAUCCUUCCGUUUUUGCCUGUGGAGCUUAGUUCGUCUUCUCUGUUCUGGCCUUCUCAAGUUGUUGAAGGUCUUAAAGCUCUGUCUAGAGGUCCCGAACACAGUCGGGUAGACUCUGGAGAGGUCCUCUUCCUUGCCAUCUCUGAUUUCCGGGACUCUCUUGGUUUCUCCGAGCGUUUAGGGGUUUCAACCGCCGAAGGUUAUGCCCUUUUCUUCGACGAGCUUAUGUCCCGUGUUGAAUCGAGGAAAUGGUUCUCAGAGGUCCUUCCAUCAUUAGCAGCUCUGCUGUUGCGGUUGCCUUCUUUGUUAGAAAUUCAUUAUCAAAAUGCGGAUAAUCUUCUCGGUGGAGUCAAAACUGGUCUUCGUAUAAUAGGUCCACAAGAAGCAGGCAUUGUGUUUCUCAGUCAGGAACUGAUUGGUGCACUUCUUACAUGCUCCUUAUUUUGUUUGUUUCCAACCUCUAAUAGAGGAGCCAAAGAUCUUCCAGCCAUCAACUUCAAUCAGUUGUUUGCGAGCAUUUAUGCCAAUUAUAGUGAGAAUCAAGAACAUAAGAUAAAGUGCCUAAUACACUAUUUUGAGAGGAUUAGUUCAUGCAUGCCAACAGGCUGUGUCUCAUUUGAACGAAAGGUUCUCUCUUGGAGUCGUGUUCCUUUUUCUGUUUCUUACCCCAAAACCGACUUCUGGAGCAAAUCUGCUGUCCCCCUCUGCCAUUUUGAGGUUUCACACUCAGGACUAAUUGAAGAUCAGUCAUGUGAAUCUCUUGAAGUUGAUUUUGCCAACAAGUAUAUUGGAGGCGGUGCACUUCAUAGGGGCUGUGUACAGGUUUUUCUCCUUCAAAGCCUGGAAUAAAAAUGUCUUUCGGUU